AUCAUUCUCUGUGAAAGUGCUUGUGAGAUUGUGGCCAUGUCUGGGAGAGGAAAGGGCGUUGGUGGGAAAGCUCGCUCCAAGGCGAAGUCCCGGUCGUCCCGGGCUGGCCUGCAGUUCCCGGUGGGCCGUGUUCAUAGGCUCCUGAGAAAGGGUAACUAUGCUGAGCGUGUGGGUGCCGGAGCGCCGGUCUAUCUGGCUGCGGUGCUCGAGUAUCUGACGGCUGAAAUCCUCGAGCUGGCCGGUAACGCGGCCCGGGACAACAAGAAGACUCGCAUCAUCCCCAGGCACCUCCAGCUGGCCGUGCGCAACGACGAGGAACUCAACAAGCUGCUGGGAGGGGUGACCAUCGCUCAGGGUGGGGUGCUGCCUAAUAUCCAGGCCGUGCUGCUGCCCAAGAAAACCGCCGCUGGGGGCGCCACUAAAAAGUGAAGAGACAAUUUUUUUUAUUUGAUAACCCAAAGCUUCUUUUAAGAGCCACCCACAACAUCAGUGAAAAGCAGCUGGACCGUCACUAGUGUCCUAUUCUUUUAAUGUAAAGACUCGGCACUCGAAUGAGAUUGCUGUAAAUGAGAAUUUUUGUGCUUUUUUAAGACUUUCAGAAUGAGCCAAAAUAAAACUAGAACAGCUGUCUGACCAGAUUAGUAAAUGUGGCGAUUUUGCAGUAAGGGACACGGACAUGUAAGUAAUAGCUAAAGGUGUCCCUAUUAAUACGCUGACAGGGAACAACAUCAUGGAAUUCAUCUACCAGCAGAAGGGGGCCAUUCGCGUCUGAACCGACCCUCUGAAGAGCAUAUACCGAAGUAUCCCGAAGGGAGAAGGGGAAAAGAGAUUGUGUGCCCUAAACUUUAAAAUCUUUUGAACGCUUUGGCGGGCUUUUGAAAGUUACAUUUAUCGCUGUGGAAACACCAAGGGAGACAAUGGACAUAUUUAGGCGUUUUAUCGGGAAUUUGUAAACUUUUGCAUACAUAGAGUCGAGUACUUCAAUUGUAUUUUGUGACUGCUGCUAAAAUCUCAACUUAUAACUUUUGUUCACUUCUGUCUUUAAAUGUGAAAUGUGCGCAUCUCCCAGGCCCAUUCAGUUCCUGUAAUUGCUGCUCUGUCGAUCAUAUAUCUCCUGUAUACAGGGAACCUUCAGUUAUGUUCUGCGAUCAGUUUCUAACUUCGCUGCCGCUGCUUGAAUCUUGUCUUCAAAUUAAUGUGACAAAUGCACUUUUCAGAUGGAUUCAAUUUCUUUAACAGCAGAAAAGACGCAGUGUAACAAUAGAAAAUCAUAGGCGGAUAAUAAAAUUAACCAACAGUCCCCACCGAUUACUGCUCUCUCCGAAUA